GGGUGAGAACGGUGAAGCGUAUGAAUGAAGACGUGCAACAAAUAGUUCGCUUAUAGACUUGGUCAAUCUUGGUGGGGGAGCGGUCCUUAUUCGCCAUUUGGAAAUCGCCAUUCCAUUUCUUCAUCUUCAAGAUUCGUUGAGCUAAGGAAAAUCUUCAAGUUUUCAUCAUCGUAUCUUCAUCAUCUCAUCCCUUCCCUUUAAUCAUCUACUCUGCCCCAUCCCAAAGCUCUGUUUCUAUUGAAAAACAAGCCAUCACCUCAAUGCUGGCCGUUCAAUUUCCUUCCCAAGAUUCCAGGCCGAUCAUAAUGAGCCCAAGAAUAUCAUUUUCCCAUGAUGUUUCGCCGGCGGACAUGGCCGUCGAACAUCAAAACAUCCGGCCGAGCUCGCCGCCGCCCCUGUCUAGCUCGGAGUUCAAUUUUUGUGUUCUCAGGGAGAGAUUUGAUCGAUUUUCUUCAGCAGAUGAGCUUUUCUUGGACGGAAAGAUUCUUCCUACUGAGAUCAAGAGAGGAAUGGGUCAGCAAAGAAUGGUGUUUCCGCCGCCGCCGCAUCCCCUUCCUCCUCAGCCGCUGCCGCCGCCGCAAAAGCAGAGGUGGAGAUUGGGGCGGAGUUCAAGUUUGAGUUGUGGCACUGGAACUUUCUGUCCAUUUCCUCUUAUGUCAAGGAGCAAUUCUACAGGAUCUUCUUCCCCAAUUGCAAAACGAAAUUACCAGAAAGUUUCUUCUUCUUCUUCUUCAAUGAAACAGUCACAGAAUGUCUCUACCGGUCAUCAUCAUCAUCAUCAAAAGCCUCCGCUGAAGAAGUUGAUGAAUUACAGUGGGAUGGGGAUAAACCCAGUCUUGAAUAUUCCGCCGGGAAGUUUCUUUCGUUUACCUUCUUUUCUUGCCGGUGGCAGGGAUAAGAACAGGAAGAAGUGAUGCAUGUUGCUUAAUGCAUGUAUUGUCUCUCUUGGUUUUUGCUUGAUUACUUUAUUUGUCUCUCUCUCUCUUUUUUUCUUUUUCUUUUUCGUGUGAUGGGGUUAUCCAUUUUUGCUUCCAGAAACUAUUCAUCCCUGGAAUUGCUAUAUACUCCGUACUUCGUAUGUAUACAGGUUUGCUCUAUAUAAAUUUCAGUACUGGACAAUAUUUUGUUUAACAAAAUUGAUAAUACACCGAUUUAGAAAUAA